UAUGUUAGUGCAGCCAUGGGGGACGCAGAGAUGGCUGUGUUUGGGGCAGCUGCCUCGUACCUGAGGAAGUCGGACAGGGAGCGUAUGGAGGCCUCCAUGCGUCCCUUCGACAUAAAGAAGGAAUGCUUUGUCCCGGAUCCAGUGGAAGAGUUUGUGAAGGGAACCAUCUCCAGCCGAGAAGGAGACAAGGCCAUUGUAGAGACACAGAAUGGGAAGACUGUGACCGUCAAAGACUGUGACAUCCUGCAACAGAAUCCUCCAAAGUUUGACAAGAUCGAGGACAUGGCCAUGUUGACUUUCCUCCAUGAACCAGCUGUGCUGUUUAACCUCAAAGAACGUUAUGCAGCAUGGAUGAUCUAUACCUACUCUGGGCUAUUCUGUGUGACUGUCAACCCCUAUAAGUGGCUGCCAGUCUACAACCAAGAUGUGGUUACUGCCUACAGAGGAAAGAAGAGAACUGAAGCUCCUCCUCAUAUCUUCUCCAUCUCUGACAAUGCCUACCAGUACAUGUUGGCAGACCGUGAAAACCAGUCAAUCCUGAUCACUGGAGAAUCUGGUGCAGGAAAGACUGUCAACACAAAGCGAGUCAUCCAGUAUUUUGCAAGUAUUGCAGCUGGAAACUUUAAGAAAGACCCCAAUGCCAAAGACAAGGGAACCCUGGAGGAUCAAAUCAUCCAGGCUAACCCUGCUCUGGAGGCCUUUGGUAAUGCCAAGACCAUCAGGAAUGACAACUCCUCUAGAUUUGGUAAAUUCAUCCGAAUCCAUUUUGAUACCAGGGGAAAGUUGGCCUCUGCUGAUAUUGAAACCUACCUUCUGGAGAAGUCUCGUGUGACCUUCCAGCUCAAGGCUGAGAGGGAUUACCAUAUUUUCUACCAGAUUCUGUCCAACGAGAAGCCUGAACUCCUGGAGAUGCUGUUGAUCACAAACAAUCCCUAUGACUAUGCCUUCAUCUCUCAGGGGGAAACCCAAGUGGCCUCCAUUAAUGAUUCAGAGGAACUGAUGGCAACAGACAGCGCCUUUGAUGUGUUGGGCUUCACUCAAGAGGAAAAGAACUCUGUUUACAAGCUGACUGGUGCCAUCAUGCAUUAUGGUAACAUGAAGUUCAAGCAGAAGCAGCGAGAGGAGCAGGCAGAGGCUGAUGGCACUGAAGAUGCUGACAAAUCAUCUUAUCUGAUGGGCCUGAACUCUGCUGACCUCAUCAAAGGUCUCUGUCACCCAAGAGUCAAAGUAGGAAAUGAGUGGGUCACCAAAGGACAAACUGUCGCCCAGGUGAACUAUGCUGUUGGAGCUCUAUCCAAAGCUGUUUAUGAGAGGAUGUUCCUGUGGAUGGUGGUGAGAAUCAACCAGUCACUGGAGACCAGGCAGCCUCGCCAGUACUUUAUUGGUGUGCUGGACAUCGCUGGAUUUGAGAUCUUUGAUUUCAACACAUUUGAGCAGCUGUGCAUCAACUUCACCAAUGAAAAACUGCAACAGUUUUUCAACCACCACAUGUUUGUGCUGGAGCAGGAAGAGUACAAGAAAGAGGGCAUUGAAUGGACCUUCAUAGAUUUUGGUAUGGAUUUGCAGGCCUGUAUUGACCUGAUUGAAAAGCCCAUGGGUAUCAUGUCCAUCCUUGAAGAGGAGUGCAUGUUUCCCAAAGCCUCUGAUACCACCUUUAAAGCUAAGCUCUAUGACAAUCAUCUGGGGAAAUCCAACAACUUCCAGAAGCCCAGAAUUGUCAAAGGAAAACCAGAGGCCCAUUUUGCCCUGAUGCACUACGCUGGAACUGUUGAUUAUAAUAUCAUGAACUGGCUGGUGAAGAACAAGGAUCCUCUGAAUGAGACUGUUGUAGGACUCUACCAGAAGUCAAAUCUCAAGCUGUUGAGUAUCCUCUUCGCAAAUUAUGCUGGAGCUGAUUCAGUUUCGGGUGAAGGUACUGAAGGUAAAAAAGAGAAGAAAAAGAAGGGAUCAUCAUUUCAGACUGUGUCUGCUCUUCAUAGGGAAAACCUGAACAAGCUGAUGACCAACUUGAGGUCUACUCACCCUCACUUUGUACGCUGCAUCAUCCCCAACGAGACCAAGACUCCUGGGGCCAUGGAGAAUCCUCUGGUGAUGCACCAGCUGCGCUGUAACGGUGUGCUGGAAGGCAUCAGGAUCUGCAGAAAGGGCUUCCCCAACAGGAUCCUCUACGGAGAUUUCAAACAGAGAUAUCGCAUCCUGAAUCCUGCUGCCAUCCCCGACGGUCAGUUCAUUGACAGCAGGAAGGGAGCUGAGAAACUUCUCGGGUCUCUGGAUAUUGAUCACAAUCAAUACAAGUUUGGACACACCAAGGUGUUCUUUAAGGCUGGACUGCUGGGUCUGCUUGAGGAGAUGAGAGACGAGCGUCUCUCCAAAAUCAUCACUGCUAUUCAAGCCAGAUCCCGUGGUGUUUUGUCUCGUAUUGAGUAUCAGAAGAUGGUGGAACGCAGAGAGGCACUAUUGGUGAUCCAGUGGAAUGUCCGCUCUUUUAUGGGGGUCAAGAAUUGGCCCUGGAUGAAGCUGUUCUUUAAGAUCAAACCUCUGCUGAGAUCUGCUGAGGCAGAAAAGGAGAUGGCCAACAUGAAGGAAGAAUUCCUGAAAUUGAAAGAAGCUUAUGCAAAGUCUGAAGCUCGUAGGAAGGAACUAGAGGAAAAAAUGGUAUCACUUCUCCAAGAGAAGAAUGACCUGCAGCUCCAAGUCCAAACGGAGCAAGAUAAUCUCUGUGAUGCUGAAGAAAGAUGCGAAGGACUGAUCAAAAACAAAAUCCAACUGGAGGCAAAAUCCAAAGAGCUGACAGAAAGGCUGGAGGAUGAGGAGGAGAUGAACGCUGAACUGACGGCCAAGAAGAGGAAGCUGGAGGAUGAGUGCUCUGAAUUAAAGAAGGACAUUGACGACUUAGAGUUAACUCUGGCUAAAGUGGAGAAAGAGAAGCACGCCACUGAGAACAAGGUAAAGAACAUGACUGAGGAGAUGGCAGCUCUGGAUGAAAUCAUUGCCAAGUUAACCAAGGAAAAGAAAGCCUUACAGGAAGCUCAUCAGCAAACACUGGAUGACCUGCAGAGUGAAGAAGACAAAGUCAACACUCUGACCAAGGCCAAAGCCAAGCUGGAGCAGCAAGUGGAUGAUCUUGAAGGGUCUCUUGAGCAAGAGAAGAAGGUUCGAAUGGACCUUGAGAGAGCCAAGAGGAAGUUGGAGGGAGACUUAAAGCUGAGCCAGGAGACUGUAAUGGAUCUAGAAAAUGACAAGCAGCAGCUGGAGGAGCGACUGAAAAAGAAAGACUUUGAAAUCAGUCAGCUGAAUGGCAAAAUUGAAGAUGAACAGGCCAUAAUCUCUCAACUCCAGAAGAAGUUGAAAGAGCUGCAGGCUCGUGUAGAGGAGCUGGAAGAAGAGCUUGAGGCAGAGCGAGCUGCUCGAGCCAAAGUGGAGAAGCAGAGAGCAGACUUGGCCAGAGAGCUGGAGGAGAUCAGUGAGAGGCUGGAGGAGGCUGGUGGAGCAACAUCUGCCCAGAUUGAGAUGAACAAGAAGAGGGAGGCUGAGUUCCAGAAACUCCGCAGAGACCUUGAAGAGGCCACUCUGCAGCAUGAAGCCACCGCUGCCACGCUCAGGAAGAAACAAGCUGACAGUGUUGCUGACCUGGGGGAGCAGAUUGACAACCUGCAGAGAGUCAAGCAGAAACUGGAGAAGGAGAAGAGUGAGCUCAGACUGGAACUGGAUGAUGUGGUUGCCAGCAUGGAGCAGAUGGUUAAGGCUAAGACUAACUUGGAGAAGACCAGCAGAACUCUGGAGGAUCAAAUGAAUGAAUACAGAAGCAAGUGUGAUGAAUAUCAGAGAUCCCUUAAUGACUUCACCACUCAGAGAGCUAAGCUCCAAGCUGAGAAUGGUGAGUUAUCAAGACAGAUGGAGGAGAAAGAAUCUCUUAUUUCUCAGCUGACUAGAGGAAAGACUUCCUACAGUCAACAACUUGAAGAUCUGAAAAGACAACUUGAGGAGGAAAUAAAGGCCAAGAAUGCAUUAGCCCAUGCAGUGCAGUCUUCUCGUCAUGACUGUGAGCUGCUUAGGGAGCAGUUUGAGGAGGAGCAGGAGGCCAAGGCUGAACUGCAGCGCGGCAUGUCAAAGGCAAACUCUGAGGUGGCUCAGUGGAGAACUAAGUAUGAAACUGAUGCCAUCCAGAGGACUGAGGAACUGGAGGAGGCCAAGAAAAAGCUGGCUCAGCGUCUGCAAGAUGCUGAGGAGGCUGUUGAAGCAGUGAAUGCUAAAUGCUCCUCUCUGGAGAAGACCAAACACAGACUGCAGAAUGAGAUUGAAGAUCUCAUGGUGGAUGUGGAGAGGUCUAAUGCUGCUGCUGCUGCUCUGGACAAGAAGCAAAGAAACUUUGACAAGGUCCUGUCUGAGUGGAAGCAGAAAUAUGAGGAGUGUCAGUGUGAGCUGGAGAGCUCUCAGAAGGAAGCCAGGUCUCUGAGCACUGAGCUCUUCAAACUGAAGAACUCCUAUGAAGAAUCUCUUGAACAUCUGGAGACCCUGAAGAGAGAGAACAAGAACCUUCAGGAGGAGAUAUCUGACCUCACUGAGCAACUUGGUGAGGGAGGAAAAACUAUUCAUGAGUUGGAGAAGGUUCGUAAGCAGCUUGAGCAGGAAAAAAGUGAGAUUCACACAGCCCUUGAGGAAGCAGAGUGUUCUCUUGAGCAUGAGGAGGGGAAGAUUCUGAGAGCCCAGCUGGAGUUCAACCAGGUGAAGGCAGACAUGGAGCGUAAAAUCGCUGAAAAAGAUGAGGAGAUGGAACAGAGCAAGAGGAACCUGCAUAGGACCAUCGAGACCCUGCAGAGUUCUCUUGAGGCCGAGACUCGCAGCAGGAAUGAGGCUCUGCGUCUGAAGAAGAAAAUGGAGGGAGACCUCAAUGAGAUGGAGAUCCAACUCAGCCAAGCCAACAGGCAGGCAGCAGAGGCCCAGAAACAACUGAAGGCUGUUCACGCGCAUCUGAAGGAUGCGCAGCUCCAGCUUGAUGACGCUAUUCGAGCCAGUGAUGACAUGAGAGAAAACGUUGCCAUUGUUGAGAGACGCAACAACCUGCUUCAGGCUGAGCUGGAGGAACUGAGGGCUGCUCUGGAGCAAACUGAGAGAAGUCGCAAACUUGCUGAGCAAGAGCUGCUGGAUGUUAGUGAGAGGGUGCAGCUUCUGCACUCACAGAACACCAGCCUGAUAAAUCACAAGAAGAAGCUGGAGGCUGAUGCAUCCCAGCUUCAAACUGAAGUGGAAGAAGCACUGCAGGAGUGCAGAAAUGCUGAAGAGAAGGCCAAGAAGGCCAUUACUGAUGCUGCCAUGAUGGCAGAGGAGCUAAAGAAAGAGCAGGACACCAGCGCUCACCUGGAGCGUAUGAAGAAGAACAUGGAGCAAACCAUUAAAGACCUGCAGCACCGUCUGGAUGAAGCUGAACAGAUCGCCAUGAAGGGAGGCAAGAAGCAGGUGCAGAAGCUCGAGGCCAGGGUGAGGGAGCUGGAGAAUGAAGUGGAGAUGGAGCAGAAAAAAAGCAGUGAAGCUGUGAAGGGCGUCCGUAAAUAUGAGCGCCGCAUCAAGGAACUUACCUAUCAGACCGAGGAAGACCGCAAGAAUCUUGCCCGACUCCAAGAUCUGGUGGACAAGCUGCAGCUGAAAGUUAAAUCAUACAAGAGAUCUACUGAGGAGGCUGAGGAACAGGCUAAUACUCAUCUUGGCAAGUUCCGCAAGCUGCAGCAUGAGCUGGACGAGGCUGAGGAGCGGGCUGACAUCGCCGAGUCUCAGGUCAACAAGCUGCGUGCCAAGAGCCGUGAUGUGGGCUCCAAGAAAGGGUUUGAUGAGGAGUGAAGCUUUGGAGCCUUCAGAAAUACUUUCCCCUUCUGUGUGCUGUAGAUCCCCUCAACUAUCACUAUUCACCACCUGUAGUGCUUAAUAAAAUCUCAUCAAGCUGUUGCACAUCA